CAUUUUUGACAUCUGACAUCUCUGUUUAUAGAAUAACUUAUUAUUGUAUAUAAACAUUAUAUACCUACUUAUAUUUGACAAUUUCUUAUAAACAUAAACCUUUAAUUAAAUUAUUAUUUGUAACAAUAAUAAUCAGUUAUGGCUGUAGCUUUUCAGCAACAAAUUUUUGCAUUAGAUGCCCGUUUUAAUGCAUAUCGAGCGCCAGGAAAUCCAAACUUUAAGACCCUUUACAUAAGGAGAAGAAGCCAGCUGUUGAGAGAAAAUGCCAAAUUUAAGGAUAUUGAAACAAUUAAGAAAUACAUCAAUAUUAGAAGCCAGUUGCUUCAACGCAGGUAUGGAGUGCAGGACAAUAUAUCAAUCAGUUCCUCAUCAUCCAAACAAAGAUCCAAUAGUAAGGCCAGCCUGGCAGUCGAUGAGUGUAUAACAAUCAAUCCCAAGAAAAAAAGUGAUAUGACAAUAUCAGAGAACUAUGCUUUCUCUGGCGUUCAUCAUAUAUUUGAUCAGCAUACAGGUCAAGUAAGCAUGGUAAAGUUUGCUAACAAUGACCGUUCAAAGCUGUGCUGUGUCUCUCACGACGGAAAGGUUUCAGUGUGCGAUGUUACUGCAACACCACCAAAGGUGUCUUUCAUGCUUGAAGGUCACACCAAACCAGUCACAGGGUGUGAUUGGUCGGCGUCCAACGAGCUUUUGGUGACCUGUGGUCUGGACGGUAUGCUGUUGGUGUGGCACGUGGGGACCGCGGCCCGGCUGCGUGCGGUGAGAGACCAGCUCGCAGCUCCACUACUCUGCUGCGCCUUCCAGCCCAUCAAUAAUAACAUGCUCAUUGCUGGCAAUGCGAGAGGUAUGGUUGAAGUUCUGAAUGUAUCGACGGGGAUAUACCCUAGAGGUGGAAGCAGUAUCCUUGGCGGACAGGUUCUGUCUAUAGCGUGCGAGUCCAGUGGUAGAAUAUUUUGGGCGGCAAACGAUAAGGGUUUAAUAGUGAGCUACAGUACAUGCGGCGCGGGCGGGUCGUUGAGGAAGCUGCGGCGCUGCGCCGUGGGCGCGGCCGUGUCGUCUCUCAGCUGGAGUCCGUGGCUGGCGCGGCACCCGGCGCUGCUGGUUAGUGCGGCCGACGACUCCUUGUAUCUCUUCAGGAUUUCCGAUCGUGAAGGAGGUCUGACCCUGAAGAAGCGUUUCUGGACACAGCACCGCAGCCAGCGCGUGCGCUCCACCUUCUGUCCCUUGAUGUCGUUUCGUCGCGGGGUGUGCGUGGUGAGCGGCUCCGAGGACGCCUGCGUCUACUUCAUGGACAUCGAGGGCCACGCCGACCAACCCGUCGUUAACAAACUUCAGGGUCACGCGUCGCCCGUGCUCGGGGUCAGCUUCAGCUACGACGAGAGCCUCCUCGCCACGAGUGACUCUUCAGGACUCGUCAUCAUAUGGAGGAGAGGAUGAAACGAAUAGCAAUGAACCUUAUUGACGACACGUUAAAGUUGUUUUUUCAUUAUCAAAUAAAAUUGUGACAUGUGAACAGAAUGAAUGGACACUCUACUUAUGAGGUGUACAACUAUAGAGUAUCGUAAGCGGAUCGAUCUCAGAAUUUUGAUUUGCUUAUUGCUCGCUAUUGACUGUGUCUUAUGAUGAAGUACUGUUUUAUCGGACAUGUAUUUAAUUCGCUAGAAGCUUUUAUAUUCUGUGAUUAUAGUAUUGUAAGUAAAUAAUUCAAUUAUACUGGUUUUUCAGUCGUUCUAUUAACGAGUCCCUGGUUUGAAUGCUGUCACCCAUUUCUGUCGGACUCCGUUCUUUGUUAAGUUUCAUUACUUUACUAGUUGGUGUUAGUUUAUUCCAUAGAAUUUAUGCGAUAUAUGUAUAUGAAUAUCGUAAAUAAAAAAAUAAUAAAGAUUACCUGCUGAAUAUAUAAACUGCAUAUACUGGAGAUAUUUUUUUUUAUUUACAAGAGUGUAAAAUAUUUUUAUUUAGAAAAAAUACAGCUGUCAAACCAAACUUACCCAUGCCGGGAGGCGAUGACUCCCAAAGAAGUAUUAAUAUUCUGUAUGUGAAUUAAAUUGAGUUAACAGUUGCCAAGCCACAUCCUGUAACCAGUCAAAUUACUCGAGAGAUGUUUAAUAACAUCCCGCCGCCCGGUCUGAAUAAAAGCCAUAUCAAGUCACAAA